AUGAUCAAAUCAACAAAACACAAAGAUGAACCAGCUGCAGUAUAUGAAGUACCACUCAAAUCUAAGUUAGAAAAACCAAACUUGGACGGAGAUCGAUUGAAUUUAUUCCUAUUAAUAAUAUUAUACACUAUACAAGGAUUUCCUGUAGGCGUAUCCACUGCUCUUCCGUUGAUUUUACAGAGUAAAAAGAUGGUAACCUAUGAAGAUCAAGCAGCAUUUAGUAUGGCAUUAUGGCCUUAUAGCAUUAAACUCUUAUGGGCUCCAAUUAUAGACGCACUCUAUAUAAACUCAAUCGGUAGACGAAAAUCCUGGCUAUUACCUCUUCAACUAUUAUUGGGGGUCGCAUUAUUUUAUAUGUCCAUCAACAUGGAUAAUUGGUUGCCCGAGACAGGACGACCGAAUCUCAUCAUGAUUGUGCGCAUGAUCUUCGUCAUAAACUUUUUGUCCGCCACACAAGACAUCGCCGUCGAUGGUUGGUCGUUAACGGUCUUGAAAAAGAAGAACGUUGGCUAUGCCUCUGUGUGUCCUUCUAUAGGAGUACCAAUUGGAAUGUUCUCGGGUUCGGUUUGCUUUACUUUGUUGGUGUCCGAGGAGUUCAGUGUCAAACAUUUGGGAACUAUUCCCGGUGCAGGUGGAAUUAUGACUAUGAAAAGUUUUUUUACUAUUUGGGCUAUCAUCAUUUUGGUAGUCACAGUAUUCAUCGGAUUGUUCAAAAAUGAAAAGCAUAAAUUGGAAGAUGGCCACAAAAAAAUCAGCGUAUUUCAGAAUUAUAAACUAUUGUGGGAAAUUUUAAAGCUACCUCGUGUUAGAGUAUUGACAAUAGCAUUGCUGACAAUAAAGAUUGGAUUUACCGCUACGGAAACUGUAACAAACCUGAAAUUAAUUGACGCUGGUAUACCUAAGGAUGACAUUAUGAUGAUAACUUCAGUCAUGUACGUCAUGAAAUUUGUUUUUCCAAUAUUCGUAUGCAAAUAUGUUACGAGUUCAACACCGAUGAGUUACCACCUAAAAAUGACGCCUAUCAGAUUAAUUUGUGGUAUUGUAUUCUCUGUGUUGGUUUAUUAUACACCAAGUUUAAUAUUCAAGGAUGGACAUGUUUCUAUACCUUUAUAUUACUAUCUUCUAUUAGGAUUGGCAACACUUGUAAACGAGAUGUUGAGUUUAUUUUUGAUGCUGACACUAUUGGCAUUCUUUUGUAAAAUAAGUGACCCCCGUUUUGGUGGAACUUACAUGACUCUAUAUAAUACAUUUUACUUUUUGGGAUGGUUGAUACCGAAUACUUUCGUUUUGAAAAUGAUUGACAUUUUAACUUUCCGCAAGUGUACAAACAAUGAUGAAAAUAUCUGUAACACGGAAAAUUUAAAAAAUCUAUGCAUUGUGAGUGGAGGAACUUGUGGAAUUUAUGUGGACGGAUACUAUGUAUCAGUUGCCAUAUGUACGGCUAUGGGGUUCAUUUGGUACUUUACUUUUAGAAAUAUCUUAAAAAAUUACCAAUUAGUGGACCUUUAUCAUUGGAUGAUACAUGGGAAAAACCUAAGCAGUAACGAAGAAGUAAUUGAACCAUGCAUUAUGUCUCCAGCGUGA